AGAAUGAAUGUCUCCGAUGCUUUUGUCUCCUUAUAUGGUAAAAUGAUACCGAGGGGUUUCACUGGGCUGGGGAAGGCAGCAGGCUGUUUCCACACCACGCUGCCUGCAGAGCUGAAAUGAGAAGAGCUGCUCUCAGCAGGCAGGAGAGAGCCUCGGCUGGCUGCACCUCAGCAAGCAGGCCAGUGUGUUCGUGGUACAGCUGUUAAUGGAUGUGACCCUCUGCCCCAGGUCCAGGAGGUGACACUAGCUGCCCGCCACUGCUCUGCCUCUGGAACAGUGCUUCUAUCUCCAUCCGGAGUCUUCUCAGAGUGGAGCUCACCUCAAAUCUGUGGGGGAAAUUAAGUCUGCAUCUCCCUGCUCCAGGAGAGGCCCAAUCCACAGUGACAACCUUGGAGCACCUUUAACAAAAUCGUAAUCCUUUCAGGAUAGGGAAGAAAGUACCCAGGACAGCUGGACUCCAGGCAUCAGCAUGACUGAGCGUUUUGACUGCCACUACUGCAAAGAGUCCCUGUUUGGUAAGAAGUACAUCCUGAGGGAGGACAGCCCCUACUGCGUGAAAUGCUAUGAAAACCUCUACUCCAACACCUGUGAGGAAUGCAAGAAACCUAUUGGAGCUGACUGCAAGGAUCUGUCUUACAAGGACCGCCACUGGCAUGAAACCUGCUUCCACUGCUUCCAGUGCAAGAAUUCAUUGGUGGACAAGCCUUUCGCUGCAAAAGAGGAACACCUACUUUGUACUGAUUGCUACUCCAAUGAAUACUCUUCCAAAUGUAAUGAGUGCAAGAAGACUAUCAUGCCAGGUACUCGGAAGAUGGAAUACAAAGGCAACAGCUGGCACGAGACGUGCUUUAUCUGCUACCGCUGCCAGCAACCAAUUGGGACAAAGAGUUUCAUUCCUAAAGACAAUCAGAACUUUUGUGUUCCCUGCUAUGAAAAGCAGUUUGCCAUGCAGUGCGUCCAGUGCAAGAAGGCUAUCACUACAGGAGGUGUGACUUACCGGGAGCAGCCUUGGCAUAAGGAGUGCUUUGUCUGCACUGGAUGCAAGAAGCAGUUGUCCGGACAACGCUUUACCUCCCGGGAUGAGUUUGCGUAUUGCCUGAGUUGCUUCUGCAAUCUCUAUGCCAAAAAGUGUGCUGGAUGCACAAACCCAAUCAGUGGUCUGGGAGGAACCAAGUACAUCUCAUUUGAAGAGCGGCAGUGGCACAAUGAUUGCUUUAAUUGCAAGAAGUGUUCUCUCUCAUUAGUAGGUCGUGGCUUCCUUACAGAAAGGGAUGACAUCCUCUGCCCUGAAUGUGGGAAGGAUAUCUAAAGCUCAAAACAAGAAACAGGGAAGAGAGGAAGAAUGCUGUGCUUGCAAUUCAUAGUCCGAAACACACAAAACUAGCUUUGCCCUUUUGUGUUUUGCUGUACUAUUAACAUCACUUAACCUUCUUAUGAAUUUCAAACUCUACAAGUAUAGAAGGAAAACAACUUUGGAAACUCUAGUAGCAGGAUGGUGUUUAAGAUUUCUAUAGCUAACCAAAACUAACGCAAAAGCUGAGCUGUAAAGCCAUUUGGGUGUCACUGACAUAAUACACUUUUUUUUCCUCCACUAAAUAUUCCAGAUUAAGCAUUUGAUUUAAGUUAUGAGCAAGUGAUACAGUUCAAGGAUUACAGUGGCCACAGGCAAUAAAUUCACAGAUGGAUAUUCAGGGUGAAGCCCCUAGCCUAUUGAAAUCAGUGGCAAACAGCAUUCAACUUCAAUAAGGCUGUGGUCUCACCUCAGUGUUCUUGAGCUAUGUGACUAGUGUGUGCUGUCAAGUAUGUAGAAAGACUACAGACAUAGAGGGUGUUUUUUUAAAGUACAAGGCUUUGUGCAAUGUUAAAGAGAAUGAUAAAACAGUUGAAGUGGGAGUGCUUCAUAACAGAUAUGUAUUUUAUUGCAUGACUAGCUGAUCAUUGUGUGAAGUACAGUUCUGAUCGACAGUGUCAGUAUUACAUUUAGUCAACAUUACACUGCACAUUGUAUUUUUAAAAAUAAAAGUCAAAAGUUAAAACAAAA